CUUUCUUUUAACUGUGCGUCCACGUUACGCUUCAAAUACACGCCACGAUACACACGUAAGCUUAUGCUAGCUGUGCUUUGAUGUUGUGAGAGGAAUCAGAGAAGAAGAAGCCCAGGAGUGUGUAUGAAGCAGUGCGAGGAGUUUGCAGCUUCUUGACCGUGGGGUUCAAUUUGAAGCUGGUUGCCUGGUUAUGGGACUCGAUUAAUAUUUUAUUGGCUGUUUUUAAAGGCAGGAGGAAUGUUUUAGUAUGUAUGAGACGUCGAAAUGCUGCAUAGUGACAGCUAGUGUUCAUUAUUAGCACAAGUGGUGAAGGAUAAUAAUAAUAAUAAUAAUAAUAGUGGUAAUAAUAAUAGUAGUAUUCUCUCGAGUCUUCAUUUUCUUAUUUGAUAGCUGUGUGGAGGAAAGAUUGCAAAGUCUUUGUUAAACCUUUAAACCUCUAAAGCCCGUAUUUAUUAGCCUACAAAGUCUGAAAUGUAAGUAAAAUAGUGGAUUAGUGCUACAGUGAGCUCUACACAGGGGCUAAAUACAUUUAAAUGGCGGACGCUAAUGGCACGUCUACCCCGGCCCGUUUCUAUGGAAACCUCCACCCUUGCCCCGCCCCCUCGCUCGCCUAUAAAAGGCAGACAGAUGCAUCCAUAAAUCAGAACUUCACUCAAGAGUGAGAGGUGCAGUAUGUAGGAGAUUUGGUGCCAGAUGAGAACCAAAAGUCCAGGGUCUGGUGCUGGAUCUGGAUCUGGAUCUUUGACCUGAUCCAGCUCCUCCUCCUCCUUAGCCUAACCCUAACUCAUCAAAAACAACACACUUUUAACACACUUCUCCAGUCUGAUACACACCCAGCUGUGUCCAACCUCUGGACUUUUGGCUCGACUCCUCCCAGUACAGAAUACUCUGCAUUAAGUUCGUUGGUGGUAGCAUGGCAGCAGCAUUCCUAAAUGGGAAGGAUGCAAACUCUCUCCUCAAGCGUUUUCCACGGGCUAAUGGGUUCCUGGAGGAGUUUCGGCAGGGCAACAUUGAGAGGGAGUGUGUGGAGGAGAGCUGCAGCUUCGAGGAGGCCAACGAGGUGUUUGAGAACAAGGAAAAAACAAUGGAGUUCUGGAAGACGCGUAAUUUGUACCACGUGAACAACAACGGGGAAACACGUUCAGGGCGUGCCGACACCGUGUACAUGGUGGUACCGCUGCUGGGCGUAGCCCUCCUCAUCAUCAUUGCGCUCUUCCUCAUAUGGCGCUGCCAGCUGCAGAAGGCCACGCGCCGGCGCCCGGCGUACACGCAGAACCGCUACCUGGCCAAUCGCAACACCCGCAGCCUUCCCAGAAUCCUUGUGCACCGUGACACCCCUUCACAUUCGGACAACUCGCACUCCAACGAGAGGCCCAGCAUGGUGCUCAGCGGAGGGGAAAGGGAAAGAGGCGGAGUUACCUCAGGGACCCUGGACUGCUCGUUGCAACCUCCGAAUGGGCGUGGACUCUAUGUGCAGGACUCGUCUAUGUCCGUGGCGUCACGUCUGUCAGGGGCCACGCCUCCUCCAUCUUACGAAGAAGUGACGGGCCACUUGGAGAGCAGCAGCGACGAGACCACCACCCCUUACAGCGACCCACCACCCAAGUAUGAGGAGAUUGUUAAAGAAAAGUGAGGGCGUGUGUGAGGUACGUGCAUAGGAAAGAACUUGUUGUAACAUUGGUCUCUAGCAGACCUGAGUGUGUUUUGGAUCCCAAAUUGCCACCCAAAGUUCCUGAGGGUGUGCAUGAGGUGCACUACCAAAUUAUUGUAGUCCUCAAAUUUUUUUUUUUCUGGAGUUGAAUCUUCUGAACUCGCUUUUGUGGAUGGGACGCCUGUGUUGAUUUUUUUUUUUCGCACUCUUCCGGAACCACAACCAGCUGCUCACCGCACGGCUACACCUCAUGCCAUCGUCAGUGUCUUUCAUCAUGUUCAGUGCUUUCAAUGAAUCGAGCCUCCACUGUUAUUAAAUGAAGUGAGAAAAAGAGAGACGAGGUGUUUUUUUCCAUCUUGUUUACUUUGUACAAAAUGAGGAGGAGCUGCGAAAAGCUAACGAGCAUUCGUACAAAGAGACAACCCAGUGACUUUUUUUUUUUUUUUUGACAAAAUGGAGAAUCUAGUGUUGAAUCAAAUGUAAUCAAAUGUGUGUGUGUGCCAUAUUCCAUAUGUCUGUUGCUACAAGAAUGAUUAACUAGGACGUGUGGCCAAUGCCAACAUUCUUAUAAACCUGCUCUAUGAAUAUAUGUAAAAUUAUUACAAUAUUGCAUCAGAAAGGGAAAAGAGCAGGUGACUUUAAAACAAUAUGCAAAUAAUAAGACACAUGACAGCAUUAGAAAGAUUCGCCACUGUUUGGGAAUUGUUCUUGGCUAGAAGUGCAUGCACAUCUAACUCUCCCAAUCUGCGUACCAAAAUCAACACACGCCUUAAACACGUGGGAUUAAAAGUCAAUCGGUCGGUCUGUUCUGCGGUUAACUAGCUGCCAGUGAUUUCACGUAUAUAAUGAGGGUUUACUCUCAGUACUGUGCUCACACACACACACACACACACACACAUACACAAUCCCAAGACACGACUUGUCUGUGCCGAAUAUAUGGAGCGGCGGCUCGUCUAUAGGGGCGGGUACGGCAGAGCGGCAACGUAUAUAUAUCAGCUAUUCAGCAAAUGUUAACCUUCGUAAAGUCCACGUCUACAUUUUAAAUUGCAUUGAAGGUACUAAUUACCUUUUUCGAGUGACCAACGAUUUGAAAAACUGUUGCUAUUUGACAGAUAUACGCAGAUGUUCCAUUGAUUUGCUCGCCUUUCUUGAUGCCCCAUUUAGCUCCAUAAGAGUUAUUAUUGCACCUAGUGGUCAAAAUGAGAAGUGCAACAAUCGCUAAAAGAGGUCCAUUGGGACAGGAAUGAUGCUGCCCCAUGCUCAAUCAGUGAACAUUUUCAGUGGAGGAGGAGCAGCAGACAGCACAGUUAAUGAUGGGGUUGCCAGGGGCACGGUUUUUUACCCCAGAUUAGGGUAAAAUACUUUGUGGCCGCCAGGAUCCCAUUUCAUAACAAAAGCUAAUACAUUUAUACAGAAAGAGGCAAAGUGUCAGCACCGACAGUGUGUCUGUAAUGUACAGAACCAUUUCUAUUGUAAGAUAUAUUGCAAAGAUUACGAGAGGAAAAGGGGGAUUAUGGAGGGGAUAAUGUCUGUACAUCAGAAAUGCGUAUGCACCACGGCGACCUUGUUUCCCAUUCAGGAAACAAGGCUGAGACAAAGAAGGAAAAUGUGUCUCCCUUUUUCCUGUGCGCAAAUGUUUUGCCUAGUUUCAGGCUUUUUGAGUGGUUUGUGACAUGUCCUUAGGCUGGAAAUAGUGCGGAAACCCCGGGUUAAAGCUUCCGUGUGUGAGCCUCAUACACUAUCAUGGGAAACACACCUGCUGAAUCAAACACAGUUAUGUCUAAAACCACUCAAAACAAGCUGCUAGACUGUACGCUGGAUGAACAUAUGCUGAUACUCAGCUGCCUAUUAAGGAGUUCCUCUAAAAAUUCACUAGAUGGUAACCUAUAGCAUUAGUCAAUAAGUCAUUAUGCUGUUGUUUGAGGCUAUGUCGUUAUUAAUGCCAUUCUGCCACACCUAAAUCUAUGGUCACGAGCCGCUGCUGCGAAUAUAUAUAAAAAAAACAAACGCGUAAUAUACAGAUAGCACAAUUACUGGAUAACCUAACAUUCCAGAUCCCUAAAGAUUCUUCCCCCUUUUCCUCCCUCUGCUCUCUGACUGUUUACAGCUUUUGUUACUCUUUUUUAUAUAACGGCAUAAACAAACUGUGUGAAAUUUGUAAAAAAAACAAAAAAAAAAAAACCAAAAAAAAAAGCAUUACGUUGCUUUGACUUCACCAAGUGCUAUACUGUAGUAUUUUGUAUAAUGCUGCUUGUCUUCAUGUCGUUUCAUUCCUCACAAAACUAUUUACGACUCUCGGCUCGGAGUCUUAACGAGUCGCUAAACUGCCUGACUGAAAUGGUAAUUUUUUUUCCAGCUCAGGUUUAAGCCAAUCAACUGCCACCUUUGCAGGAAAUAUUGUGUGUAUAUACAUAUAUAUAUAUAUAUAUAUACACAUGAAUAUGAAAUACUUUUUCACUGCCAGUACCAAACCUAAUGAUUGUGCACAAUGUGUUAUCACAUGAAAAGGAGUCUCAUAACAGCUUUAAGUAGAGUUUAGCACAGCUACUAUCAGAUGAUGUAGUGUCAUGUUAAUCACUGUAUGUCAAGCCGGGUAGCUUGAUGGCCAGCUGUCGUUCAGGUGCAUUGGCAGAACAUCCAGUCUAAAGAGUUUGAGAAAGAAGCCUUUGGUGUACACUCUCUGUAGUAAGAAAACUGCAACUGGCUAACGCUUUUAUCCAAAGCAACUUAUCCAAGCUUUUUUUGAGAGUAGAGUUGAGGUCUGUGUAUGUUGCGUUCCUUCGUUUUUUUAUUUUGAAAGCAAGGAAACAGUUUUUUAUUUAUUUUUUUUUUGGCACGCACUAAAAUAGGAAAUUAAUUCACCUUUUUCUACAUUUUCUUCCCAACUUGGUUACCUGUCAAUUCCCACUUACCAGCCAGCUCUCCCCAUCAUACAGCAGCUACCAACUGGGGAGGGUGAAGGCUAACAUGUGGCUCCUCCGAGACAAUCACACCUUUUCAAACUGCUGCUCAUGUAACACACUCAGAGGAAAGUGCUAUCUACCCUCUUCCACAUACAUGAGCUCGUAGAUGUCUGGCUAGAUGAUUGGCUUGUGUCACUGUGAUUGACAGGGGAGAGAGAGUAUGGCCAAAUUUGCUCUCUUGGACUCCCGGCCACGGAUGGCUAUGGCACUGUCAGGAUUCAAACUCACCGGAACUGUUCUGUUGCGCCAUUUGGGCCCAUAAAAUUAUUUUUAACAAAUAAAAUAUUGACUUGUUUUCAAUGGUUUUUAGUUGUUUCACCCACAAGUCAAAUAUUUAGUCCAAAAGUCAAAUAUUCAUGAAAACUUGUGCCAAAAAGUCCGGGUCGACUUUUAAGAAAUGCCCAGAGUCGACCUGGAAGUACAAGUUGGAUAUUCUGUAUGGUCUUUUCUUUGGCUACGAUGUGUACUAUGUGUACUUACACUGUUUGCAUCAUUAAAUUUUUUUUAAUUAAAAAAGUCCUGCUGAUUUUUUUGUUUCAGCCUCCAGUAAUUGCUGCUACACAUCUUGGUGGUCGUUCAAGAUCACUAUUUUUAGCCCCAAGAUGAUAUUUAUUAUUUUAAAAUCCAAAAACCUCUCAUUUUGAACAUCUUGUUUGCUUUUUUUUUUUUCAAUUCGAAAUGAAAAACGCAACGAUGAACGCAACACACGCUGAUCAGUUGAGCUCAGGCUUUCUGUUUACCUUCUGUUUUGGAUCCCCACAAUGGCCAUCCUGGGAUUUGAACUUGGAAGCAAAUCUAGACCAACAAAUUCAGAUUACAAAGCUGAACAGGACACUCGGAUGAUUAUAGGAAAGUGGCUAUAAUGGGUUAAAUGCACAAGACCUAUACUGUAUGUGUAAGGAAAUAUAAAAUUCAGACUGUGAAGUUUGGGGCGGAGCUUCAAUGACCAUGCCGUCUCCUUUCUCAUUUUUGAGCACAGUAGAGGUGAUCAGCUUUAUAAAAGCCUUUCUGAAUUUGAUUAAGCCUCCAGUCGUGUCACAUGAGCUUCUGAACUGACUGAAUGAAAUUUUCCACCAAGCCCUAGUGACUGCAUUGAGUGUAGUGAAGGUUGGACCAUCUGAUCUGAGAUCAGUUUGUGAUAUAACUGUUUAAAGCUUGACGAGUGAAUGGGCAGAGAUACGGAGCUUGGAAGCUGAAAAAAGUAUUUGAAUAUGAAUUACGUAUAUAUGUUCUACUCAAAUAGCUAGUUUCCUAAAGUGACAUUAAACACUUGACCAGCGUAACUAUGUAGGUAACGUUAUUGCCAGUUAGGCUAUGCUAACAUUAGCUUUAAUAGCAAUUUGUUUAUUUCUGUACAGCAUAAAAACUUUAGAUGUGGUUCCUCAUUAUGGUUCAUAUCAUCCAUUUUGACUCCACUCCAGUAUCUCUACACCACGUCGCUUCACUUCACUUCGCUUCAUGGAUGUAAGAGUGGCAGACAACUGUGAUCGGCUAAACAUUGAAUCUGAUCACUCUUACAGCGUCUACUUUUCACUGGGAACCCGAGCUUUAUCGUCUUGGUCCUAACUUACAUAAAAUCAAUAUUUUGGAGAUUUGUAUAUAGGGUUCUGAUUUUUUUUUAAAAAAUCUCAAAACCAUAUCCUGUAAUUUUAAAUGAUUUAAAUGUUUUGAAACUUUAACAUUUACUAACAUUAACAUUUAUUAAAUACACCAUGGAAAAGACAAGAAUUUCAUUUAACAUGAUGUGUAUAUAAUUCAAAUACAUGAAAUUCAUAUUCAGAUACUUUUGUCAGCUUCUAACCUCCAUACAUGUGGAUCAUUUAAAAAAAAACAUUAAGGCUAAAGUGUUUUGUUAUGGGUUGUGAAUAAAGUAGCACACAGUUACAGCAGUUUCUAAUGAGACCACUUGUGUUUGUUAGGGAAUGGAAGAAAGCGUGGGAUUGAAUGUCCCUGUGUGUGUAUCUUUAUUCCCAGUUAGCUACCUACAGCGUGCCACCAGAGCCACGUGAUUUGUUUACAUGUGGCGUGUCGUGAAUCCUUCGUUCUUCUGCUCAGCUUAACUGCAUGAUGCUUCUUUUAUUUCAUUCAAACUAAUGUCUUAUUUUUUAAGACUUAAAAUUAUGUCUAUCUGUUUACUAAGUCUCUGGAUAUAUAUUGUACAUUUAUGUGCUGGUUACACCUAUUUAAACGUUUUUUUUUUGUUUUUUUUUUAAUCAACAUGAGCGCUGUUGAAAUUGUAAUACCUGUUUAUGUAAUAUGAUCAAAUUAUACAUCCGUGUAUGUGUGAAAGUGUAUAAAACAUGUAAAACAUAUCUCCUGGCAUAUUUUCACCUUCCCCAUUCUACUUAGAGCUACUAUUUUUAAAAUAUAAACUCACCGGCCACUUUAAUAGAAACACCUGUACACCUAUUUAGUCAUGCAGUUAUGCAUCCAGUUAUCAGCCAAUCAUGUGGCAGCAGUGUAAAAAUAAAAUCAUGUAGAUACAGGUCAAGAGUUUCAGUGAACUGCUGAUCUCCUGGGAUUUUCACACACACAACAGUCUCUAGAGUUUACAAAGAAUGGUGCGAAAAAGCAAAAAACAUCCAGCGAGCAGCAGUUCUGCAGAUUGGCCACACUGGUUCGAGGGUAUGGUAACUCAGAUAACCACUCUUUACAACCGUGGUGAGCAGAAAAUCAUGUCCUCGAAAGCCGUAGCUUGAGGUGGAUAAACUAUAACAGCAGGAAACAUCACAUGGUGUUUUUCCAAUUUUCACCUGUCCAUGUUCCGCAUUGACUGAGAACAUUAACUGAAGCUCUUGACCUGAAACUGCAUUGUGCUCCUACAACAUGAUUGGCUGAUUGGAUAAUUGCGUGUAUGUCGAGUGUUCCUAUCAAAGUGGCCGCCGGCCGUUGGUGCAUAUGGUUAAUAUAUUCUUUUUAUUCUUUAUUCCUAAUGCUAGCUUCUUCAUAAACAGGCUACAUGUACACAUAGAGGGCUUGGAAUACCAUUAGCUGGUCAAAGAAGAAGAAAAUGAAGAAGAUUCCCAUGACAUAUGGUUUGUGUUUGUAUUUUGGUUUCUUGAAAAAUAGCAGAAAUCUGUUGGUCUUCCCCCUGCCAAAAGUAUAUAUACAGUAUUUUGCUCAAGUUUACAUCUUUAUAGAGCUUCCAGUCAGACUGGCCUAAAAACGGAUAUCACAAUCAUGUAAUCCAAGCUGGAGGAAAUAUGCUCAUCUGUAUGUCAGUCAGGUCUUAAAUGCUGUACAGUUAUCAAGCUUAUGUAAAAAAAAAAAAAAAAAAAAAAAAAUGCAACGCACCUGUUAUGUACUGCAUUUUGGAUGCAUUUUGGAUUUUUCCAUUCGCCUUUUUCAGGUAUAUUUGUUGCAGGAGAUUAUGAACGCCCUUUGAGUUGACCCUUAUGUUUGACAAUUAAAUCUCCAAAAUAUUAGAACUUUGCUUUAGUAUUACAAAAUGCACCUUGAUGCCAUGGUUUACAUCUUUUCUAUCAAUUUUAAAGACAUGUUUCAUGGAAGAAUCAAACACACACACACACACAUGUAUAUAUAGAAUCACUCACCAGAAAUGUAGUUGAUCAACUGUGAAUAUAUUUUUAAAAAUUUAGUUAUGAAGUGGAGCUUUGAGGCUAAUGUAGUUAACAAAUAACAGAAGCUUAUGACGAAUUAUCACCAAGCAAAACAACAUUUUGGCAACUAGCCUUCCGUUUCACAAGUCUAUAUGUGAAAUGCUAUAAUGGGUUAAAGAUAGCUGAUACAUGAAUUCUGUCACAAGUUCUACAUGUUGUGUUCAGCUAUAAUGUAUUUUCAUCCGUUUUAUUGCUAAUGAUAUUUCAUUAUCUAUAGAACUAAACACAUUUUACAAUUUUGCGAUGGUUUUGCACCGUAUUGUUACACAUAAGCUUUUAUUACUUGUAUAUCUACAUAGUGUUGAGGUUCCUGAACUAAAGAAGUCUUGGCUGAUCAACUUAAUCAGAAUUCAGUGAAAAUGUUGUAGGUUUUUUUUUUUUUUUUCAUCCUGAACCAUAAUUAAUUUUAAAGAUAAUCAAUGGACUCCAUGUGCACAGAUAGUUGGGGUUAAUGCUGAUAUUUUCACCUUGGAUGGUGGUGUAAAUACAUCUGUAUUUCAUUAUUAUUAUUAUUAUUAUUAUUAUUAUUAUUAUUAUUAUUAUUAAACAUGGAAUUUACCCCCAUUCUAUUGUACUCUGGCAUAACGAUGUGUUUCUAAGUGCCAAAAUUUAAUUUCUGUUGAAGCACUGACUAUAUCUUUUGUGAAUUAUUAAACAAGUGAAUUAUAAAUGUGUGGUUACUUAUUGGUCCACUUAAAGAAAAGUGUUCACAGAUUGUUAUUUUAUAUAGAUAUACAUAAUUUAUUUUAUUUUAUUUAUU